AUGUGGUUCCAGAACCUUGCUCUGUCGGCUCUGCUGGCCGCCCCAGCCCUCGCAGCUGUCGCCGUCGAAGCCAGGCCGGCGCUCACGGCCUUCAGCUGCGGCACGCGGGAGCCGACCGAGUCCGAGUUCAGGCUCGCGUCUAUCCUCGCGGCCCACGAGGAGGCCCAGGGCAACCUCACUGCCCGUGCCACCAUCAACAUUGAUGUCUACGUCCAUGUUGUGGCCUCGUCGACAUCCCUGAGCGGCGGAUACCUGACUCAAGCGUCCGUCAACAGCCAGAUCUCCACCCUGAACACGGCCUAUGCUCCCCACGACAUUGCCUUUGUGCUCAAGGGCACCGACUGGACUGUCAACUCCAACUGGGCGAGCGACGGCAACGGCUAUGAGCUCACCAUGAAGAAGGCGCUCCGCAAGGGCACCUACAAGACGCUCAACCUGUAUUUCCUCAAGGAUAUGGGCUCCAACCUCGGAUAUUGCUACUUCCCCACCACCGUCACGACCGGAUCCAACAACUACUACCUGGACGGCUGCACUAUUCUCUACACGACUGUCCCUGGCGGCUCGCUUGCCAACUACAACCUGGGACACACCGCCACCCACGAGAUUGGCCAUUGGUUCGGUCUUUACCACACCUUCCAGGGUGGUUGCACGGGCAGCGGCGACUACAUUGCCGACACCCCCGCGCAGGCCAGCGCCUCGAGUGGCUGCCCGACUGGCCGUGAUUCGUGCCCCUCGCAAGCUGGUGUCGACCCCAUCCACAACUACAUGGACUAUUCCUACGACACCUGCUACACGCAGUUCACGCCCAAUCAGAAGACGCGCAUGUUCACCUACUACAACACCUACCGCGCUUAG